UUAUCCACUUCCUCGAUUCCAUCAAAAAACUGUUUCAAGUACCAAAACCUAAGAAAUAGCAGCCAAAUCAUUCCAUCACAGACCCAUUUUAAACUCCAUCCCCCACUCGGUUAGACCAAAAGACAAAACUCACACCGCACGAAACCUGUGUCGUCGUCAGUUAAUAAAAAAAAAAAAAAAGAGAAACCAAUUUGAUCGCGUCUCAUCUCAUGUUUGGUGGAGGAAGAGGACCUAUGGGCGGCGGCGGAGGUAUGUUACGCGCCGCCGGUCGUGCCAUGACUAGGACCGGCGUAGCCAACGGAGGAAUUCAAGAUCCCUUUGCUUCUUCUUCUUCGUCGUCCACGUCGUCCCCUGCUGUUUCCCAUGCUCAGAAACUGGGAUCGUCUUCUGGUUCUAACCAUCUUACGAUUUCGGCGGCUGCUGCGGGGUCUCUGUUGAAUAUCCCCGUGGCUGCAACCUCUGGAUGGGGCGGCGUCGGCGGCAGCGCUUUCUCGUUUGUUAAUACCGGUGGUUACGACGAUUUUGAGUGGGUUUCGGAGGAAGAAGAUGACUCUCUGUUUGGCUCUGUUCCUUCUCUUGAUGAAGUCCAAGAUGCUGUCUCUUCUCUCCAGCAGGUAUUCGAUGGGAGUUCAUAUUCUAAGCUGGUUAGAGACAAAUACGAGUGUUAUCCAGAAAAGGGUGGUGGAACUGGAAACCAAAGCCCUAUAGCUACAGGGAUGGUUCAUCAAGUUCCUUCAUUUGGAUCGGAUUUGGACUGGAUGGAGCCUUCAAUGCAACUAUGCCAUUCAAGACUCUUACAGCCUCCUCAUGCUUAUGAUCAGGUUUACAAUGCUUUUGACCUUCUACGUACCGAACCAUCUGUCCAGAGGAUGGUAGUAUCAUUGUCCUCGGAUAAAGCAGUUUGGGAUGCAGUGAUGAACAACGAUGUUGUUCGAGAGAUUAGGGACUUGUACAACAAUGGUAUAAGUCAAGAUGAGGAGAGUUCAGAUGACACUCCUGGGGAGAAUAACGCAGCAAUGGAUUUCAUAAAGUGGGUAUUUGACAACACAAUGGUUAAGGCCACGGAAGUGUUUGUGAAAAUUACAAAGGUUGUGACCGAACUUUUCAAUAGUUACAAUGACGAUGGUGUUAACAAGAAGGGGAAAGAUGCCAAAUUCAACAACUGGCUUGAGGAAAAGCUGAUGACUUCGGUCCUCCUCUCCAUUGUGGUCCUACUGGUCGUGAUGGUUUCCAGAGCCUGCAACAGGUCUUGAUCGUUUCAAAUUUGUCGACAAUACAUUUAGUCGUCGUCUCUUGGACACUACUUGUUAAGUUUUCUUUCAGGUCACGAUGUGGUUUGUUUUGUUAAUCUCCGGUUUUGUACUCCAUUGUUGACAUUUUACAAGAUUCACUCCGUUGCGUUUCCAUAAUAAGAACUCUGAAUGUUUCAAA